AUGAGUACUUAUUUAGCUAUUGGUAUUGCACUUGAUCGAUUCAUUCGUUCAGAAUUACCACUACGAUCAAGAACAAUUUGUACACGUCGAAAUGCUAUUAUAUAUACUAUUGUUAAUUUCAUUAUUUUUUCAAUACUUUGGUCACUUUGGCUUUGUCCUACAAUCACUAAAGAUCCAAUAACUGGCAAGUGUAUUUACAAUCAAUCUCCAACAUUCUACUUUUAUUUAACCCAAGUUCAAGUACCUGUUCGAUUUGUAAUAGUACUGAUUAUUCCAAUCAUUAUUAUGAUUACAGCUAAUAUACGUAUGUUAAAUAAUAUGCGUCAAUCGCAUCGACGUGUUGCACAUCAAACAGAAAUGAAUACAACUCUUACUGCAGUUACACCAACCUCUAUGAAUAAACCAAUUACACGACGAAUGACAUCAUUAGAUCGAAUGCUUUUUUAUAUGAUGGUGGCUAAUAUUGGUACAUUCAUUAUUACACAAAUUCCAUUUCAUAUUUAUACAUUAGUUCGAAAUUAUUAUGCAGCAUUGGAUCCAUUUACUCAUUCAUUAGUUCGAGCAAUGCUUUUAAUAUGGUCAAGUAUUUAUUUUGGUAUUGCAUUUUAUCUUUAUUGUUUUGCAGCACCAAUCUUUCGACAAAAAUUUAUAACAAUUACUCGAAAAAUCAUUGGUUGUCUUAGACAUCGUCCAGCAAGAGAACUGUAA